AUGCGCAAUCUGACGAAUUCGAAUGGAACGCUGAUGUACCCGCUACAUCUCCAGCUCGAGUCUCUGACCACAAAGGUACUAUUCGAUGAAUGCAGUGGCAAUGGCACGAAGCCGCGAGCCAUUGGAGUCGAAUACUUGCAAGGCAAAUCCGUAUACAAGGCCGACCCACGUCGUAACUCUUCCACCACUGGUACGCUGCACCAGGCUUUCGCCCGAAAAGAAGUUAUCGUAGCUGGUGGUGCCUUCAACUCGCCGCAGAUCCUACAGCUCUCUGGCAUCGGACCCAAAAGCCUUCUCGAAAAGUACAACAUCCCCGUAAUCUCCGACUUACCAGGUGUGGGCCGCAACCUACAGGACAACUACGAGGUACCCAUUUACGGGAACGCCCAAAUCAGCUUCGCAAAGACACCUGAUCCCAAUGCACCGAAAUGCACAAACGGAUCACCCGGCGAUCCAUGUAUCGAACUUUGGUACAAUGGCCAAGGACCCUACGCGCGCGGCGGCACAAACUCAAACGCGUUCCUCCUCAAGACAGCCCAUGCGGUCGAAGGCGAAAGAGACGAGCUAAUGUUCGGCUUCACGGGUGGCUCCUUUACAGGCUUUGCGCCACCGACGUCUCAAAAUACCACACGCUACCCUCCUACAACAUUCUCGUGGUCCACCGUCAAAAUUCAUCCCCAGAACACUGCUGGAUACGUCCAAAUCCGAUCAGCCGACCCGGUGGACACACCAGAAGUGAAUAUGAACUACUUCGUCGAGGGUGCAGAAACAGAUUUAAACGCCAUGCUUGACACCGUCGCUUUCGUCCGUAGAGCAUUUGCUUCCACAGAAGCACCGGUCGGCCCUGUAACGCCCGUCUCUCCACCCUGUCCGCCUGCUGAUAUCCUCGAGACGGGCUACUGCCGUGACGUGCAGAUCGAUAGGGAGUGGAUUCACGACCAAGUCUUUGGUCACCAUCCCACAAGCACGAACAAGGUCGGCCCGGAUUCUGAUCCUAUGGCUGUGUUGGACACGAGGUUGAGGGUCAGAGGGGUCGAAGGGCUGCGGGUGAUAGAUGCGAGUGCAUUUCCUAGAUGUCCGGGUGCGUUCCCGGCGGUUAGCACGUUUUUGUUGAGUGAGCGGGCGACGGAUCUGGUGUUGGAGGAUGUGGGCAAGUGGUAG